CUGACUGAACGGUUAAUUAACAAAACAUCAAAAAUAAAAACAACCUAACCUCACUGAAAUUUAAUAAUUUUCUUUCUUAGUAAAUAAAUUAAAUUGGCCUAGUGUCUCUCAGGAAGAAUAAUGUUGCGAAAUUUAAAGAAGAUAACUUUUCCAAGAAAAAGAAUAUUUGCAAUUAAUUUUCAGAGAACUUUCCUUACUAAUGAUUAUAAAUGCAAUGAAGCAUGGAGAGAACAACUAUCAUCACCGAUAUUAAAUAAAGUAAAAUUAAAUGAUUUUUACAACGUAUUGGACCAAAGUUAUGCCACUAAAGGUAUAAUAACCGCUAUAGAUGUGGACAUAUUUGCUAAUUCAUUGAGGGAUCCUACAUACCUAGAAGAACUCCGGGAUCUUUUGCAUAAGUUGAGACUUUCGGCAGAAACUGGUUUUAUGCUAGAUUCAACACAUCACGCAAUAGUUAGAAACUACAUUGAAUUUGAAAGAGUGCAUGAGUUAAUUGAAAUGUUAAAAGAUCCCCUUAACUAUGGUGUUUUUCUGGAUGAUUAUGCUGCUAAUAUAUUACUAGACAAAUUAAUUACAACUUCAGAAUAUGAACAAGCGGCUAAUGUUGCAUCCUUGAUAAUGCUUCAAGAAGAUUAUGGAAACGAAAUAACCUGUGCUCUUUGUCAAUUUGCUUGUUAUAAAUAUAUUUUUAGUGAUAGCUGCAGUAGCGCUGUCUUAGCUGAGCCUGAGACCAAAAAUGUAAAAGUGGAAGAAAUAAAAAUUAGGGUUAAAUAUUUGAGAAAUCCUUAUUUUGAUGACCAUUUUGAUAUCAACGAUUUAUCCUUAUUAGCUGGGAAGUCACUUGCCUGGAUUUCACAAAAAAAUAAUAACAAUUUAAAUAAUAACCUAGAAAUUAUUGGAUGGCUUAUUUAUAGAAAAUAUGAGAGUUUGAUUAAUCUCUGCCAAGAAUGCACAAAAAUUGAAUCAUUUAAAGUGUAUCCUGAAAUUAUUAAAUUGAUUGAGCGACAGAUUGCCACUGUACCGGAUGAAGAAAAAAAAUGUUUAAAUGAUUGUGUAUCCUUCCUUUCUGGUGUAAAUUCAAUGGGUGAAUCAUUGGAAUAUUCAAUGAAGAUGACCAUUGAAAAUGCUAUUAACAAAACUCAGAACCAAGAUAUAAUUGAACAAAAGAAGUUAUUCAAAUUAUGGGCUACACAUAGAGAAUUGAGAUUAGAAGAACAAAUCAAACGUUUGGAUAGGGCCAAACGUAUGCAGUUGAUAGAACAGAAACAAGAACAAUUGAAAGAAGAGGAACAGAGAUUAUGGUUUUUCGAUAAUGAAGAUAAAAUUGAUCUUCAAAUCGAGGAAAAAGAAAAACUUGUGGAGGUUGAACAUGGAGAGAAAAAGACAUCAAAGACUAUUGACGAAAAUUAUAUACCACCAGAAAUCUUACCACAAAGGAAAUAAAACCAAACUCACCAGUUAUAAAUAAAAACUGCAUGUUAGAUUAUAAUGAGUUU